CUCUGCGGCCGUACACCAACAACAUCGUCAUGGCGACAAAGCUGCAAUAAAUUGAAUUGAUCAUGGAGACAUCAGGAACGAUGCCACAAGUAGAAACAUAAGUUAUUCGUUGGAAAAAUCACAUCUGAGAUGUCUUCACAAGACUCAAGAAAAAGAACAUCGAGUUCUCCCAUUGGAAGAAUACCUAAGCUUCCACCUAUCCAGCAAUAUGUCAACUCUUCAGCAAGAUUUGACAACAGUCCUCUUCUCAAAUAUAGAAGAAGCAGUGACAUGCAAGAUCUUUUGGGAGGAAUAGUGAGAGAGAGGGCCAAAGAUGCCAAGCACCAAACUGAGGAUGCUCUAAAGAGGAGACCAAAAUCAAACCCAACUCCAGAAAUGCCAUCACAGAUGAUGUCAAAGGAAAGAAGAAUCAGGUUGAAUUACCAGUUUAUGAAAAAAUGUGUCAGUGAAGGACCAGUUUCACCAAUGCCUGAAGAAUGGUGGCAUGAAAUUCUGUCAAUGGUACCUCAAGAUCUUAUCAGGUCACCAGAAAUGCAACCAUACAUCAGGGAACUUAAUGAUGAGUUGAUGAAGGAGUAUGAUAAGAGCAUGAGAAAAGCAAUGGUGCAAUACACCUUGGUAAAACCUAAUGUGAAAGGUGUUGAAGAAGAUGAAGAUUUACCAGAGGAAGAAGUUGGCCUAGACUUCUCCAGUGACUGGAGAGAGAGCUUUCUGGCUGCUAAAGCACAGAUUCGGCGAAACUUACACAUGCUCCAUCCUUCUCAUCAAACAAUAUUGAAGAUUUGUAACAACAAGGUUUAUUCAAAGCUCUUGCUUGUUGAUUUGUCAGAAAUAAGAAAACAAGGACCAAUCGAAUGUGAAAAUUUGAAAAAUAACACGCAGCUUGCUUGCGAGAAGAUGGAAGAAAAACUUCUUCAUAGUUGGUACCCUGAAAUAGUGAACAUUUUUGUUGAUAAGAAUGCCUUCAAGCAUUUAAAAGAUGAGCAGCAAGACUCAUUUCAUAGCAGUGUUUCAACUUUGAUAUCCAAUCAACUUAAAGGCAUCAUAACAAGAUCCCUGAAUGCUUAUAUUGACUUGUUCAAUGAAAAAGACUCGAGCCGUUUGCCUCUGUUCAAAAUGGAGUUAAUCUUAGAUGAUGAGGACAACAUUCAGUUUUACCCAAUGUUGAUCGAUCUGGAAGAGUCAAUUCUGUCUGUGACUAAGAGUAUAACAGGAACUCUUCAGAAUGUGCAAACAGUCCAGUCAUGGUUAAGUGGCGGUCCAACAACCGUUUGCAUUGAUGCAAAAAUAGAUCCAGCUGUUGUGAAGAAUAUUACCAACUUUCUGAAAGAAUGCAUCACAAAAUACUUGGAAGGACCAAGAGAGCAUUUGGCUUCGUUUGACAAAUAUAGCAUGCUUGUUGAUGGCAGAGCUUCUGCUGAAAUUCAAGAAUUUUUGGAUUCAAACAAUACCUUUGAUGAAUACACAGUUGAAAUCGAGAAAUACCGAAAACUUGCAAGAGAAAUAUCGAGCUUGUUCACAGUGGCACAUUUUGACAUAAUGCGUUUGGACUGCGAUGAUCUGAAACGAGGCUUAGCAAGCAAGGCCCAUGGAUAUGCUGAAACACUGCUCACUCGACUAGCAGAGGAUCAUCGAAAAGAGAAUCAGAGAAUAUGCUCAGAAUUUGAAACUAUGAAGCAGAAGGCUUUGUGCGAACCAAAAGAUACCAAGGACAUGAUUGAUUUGAUGAAAUACGUCGAGCAAGCCCAGCAAAAGAAUCUAAUUAAGCUGAAAGAAGAUAUCAAGGAAUCAGAACACAGAUUGGCCUACCUGCUUGAUCACUACAGUUUUAAGGGCAGUGAUAUUGCUUUGAACAGCACUGUUCUAAACUGGCCGACGCAAAUCAACCCAGUAUUUGAUCAAAGUGACGAGAUUAUUGCUGUUGCUCAGAAAAGUGGAGAAUCGGCUCUCACGGAAAAGAGAGAGAAAGUAAUGUUGGAGCUAGAUCGACUCAAGAAGCAAGUGAUGGAGUUUGUUGAGUUUGGUCACAUGGACAUGAUGCUGCAGUACCUAAGGGACGUUCAAGCAGUGCAGAGAAAAAUCAGUGAACUAACAGAGUCGAUUGAGUUUAUAAAUGAGGAAGAAGACCUAUUUAAAUGGGAACUGACCACGUAUCCUGAAAUAGAGAUCCUAACCACAGCCAUCGAGCCGUAUUUGAAACUGUUCUCGUUGGUUGUCAAGUGGCAGAGGUCAGAGAAGAAAUGGAUGGAUGGUGCCUUUCUGGAUCUGAAUGCUGAGUCAAUAGAAGCAGAAGUUGAAGAAUUUGGACGAGAAGUAUACAAACUCGUAAAACAGUUCGCGUCCAUGGCCAAGAAAGGAGAACAGAAGGAUCGAAGUGAUGUCGUCAGAAAGAAGAAAAAGGAUGAAAACGAAGAAAAGCUGGAAGAUAAAUUUGCACCGCUGAAAGUAGCACACACUGUUCAAGAACAGAUCAGAGAUUUCAAGGAGCAUGUGCCUAUACUGAGCACGUUGUGCAAUCCAGGUCUACGACAACGCCAUUGGAGGGCUAUGUCAGACAAGAUUGGCUAUGAUAUUGCCCCGGAUUCUAGCACAACUUUGCGAAAGAUGCUUAAAAACAACCUUUCACCAUAUAUGGAUGAGUUCGAAAGCAUUAGUGGUGGCGCAAGCAAGGAAUAUUCUUUAGAGAAGGCAAUGCAGAAAAUGGUUGACGAUUGGGAUGAGAUCAUUUUCAACACCACAAUUUACAGAGACACCGGAGUGGCGAUUCUUGCUGCUGUGGAUGAGAUUCAAGCAACACUUGAUGACCAGAUUGUAAAAACUCAAACGAUGCGCGGCUCGCCCUUUAUAAAACCUUUUGAAGCUGAAAUAAAGGCAUGGGAAGAGCGGCUGCUGAAGAUGCAAGAAACUAUCGACGAAUGGCUGAAAGUGCAAGCCCAGUGGCUGUAUUUGGAGCCUAUCUUCAGCUCUGAAGAUAUCAUGCAACAAAUGCCGGAAGAAGGUAGAAAGUUCCAAAUGGUUGAUCGCAACUGGAAAGAAAUCAUGAAAGCUGUAGUCAAAGACCCAAAGGUUCUGAUUGCCACCUCAAUAAGCGGUCUUUACGAGCGCCUCAUUGACAGUAAUAAUUUGCUCGACCAGAUCAACAAAGGAUUGAAUGCAUACUUGGAAAAGAAAAGACUGUUCUUCCCAAGAUUUUUCUUCUUGUCAAAUGAUGAAAUGUUGGAGAUCCUUUCAGAGACGAAAGAUCCUUACCGUGUGCAACCACAUCUCAAGAAAUGCUUCGAAGGAAUCGCUAAGCUUCAGUUCACGCAAUCACUAGACAUAACAGCGAUGUAUAGUAGCGAAGGUGAGAUGGUCAAUUUGAGUGAGACGAUUUCUACAGCUGCAGCAAGGGGGGUUGUUGAAAGAUGGUUACUUCAGGUGCAAGAUGUAAUGAUAGCCAGCAUACGAGAAAUUGUUGGGAAGUCAACCGAAGCAUACCCACAAACACCUAGAAAAGAUUGGGUGAAAGAGUGGCCUGGGCAAAUUGUACUGUGCACCAGUCAGAUAUAUUGGACAGCUGAGGUGCACGAAGCCAUAAAAGGUGGAGCUCGCGGACUGAAGGACUAUUAUGACAAACUGCAAAGGCAGCUUGAAGAGAUAGUUGAACUAGUUCGAGGCAAAUUGUCAAAGCAAAACAGAGUGACCCUUGGAGCCCUUGUCGUUAUUGACGUGCAUGCCCGUGAUGUUGUCAAUCAAAUGGCAGAGCUUGGUGUUUCGUCAGAGAACGAUUUCCAGUGGCUUAGCCAACUCAGGUACUACUGGGAAGAAGGAAACUGCUUGGUGCGAAUUAUAAACGCAACCGUGAACUAUGCUUAUGAAUAUCUAGGGAACUCAGGGAGGCUCGUUAUAACUCCGUUGACGGAUAGAUGCUACCGUACGUUGGUUGGUGCUUUUCAUUUGAAUUUGAACGGUGCACCAGAGGGACCUGCUGGUACAGGGAAAACAGAGACUACGAAAGAUCUUGCAAAAGCGUUAGCUAUCCAGUGUGUAGUUUUCAACUGCUCUGAUGGUCUUGAUUAUUUGCAGAUGGGUAAGUUCUUUAAAGGGUUGGCCGCGUGUGGAGCAUGGGCUUGUUUCGACGAGUUCAAUCGCAUUGAAUUGGAAGUCUUGUCAGUCGUUGCGCAGCAAAUUCUUUGCAUUCAGAGAGCUGUUGCGUCACACUUGGAUGAAUUCGUUUUCGAAGGCACCAAAUUGAAGCUAAAUGCAAACUGCUAUGUUUGUAUUACAAUGAACCCAGGUUAUGCAGGUCGGUCUGAACUGCCUGAUAAUCUCAAAGUCCUAUUCCGGACAGUAGCAAUGAUGGUGCCUGAUUACGCCCUGAUUGCCGAAAUCAGCCUGUAUUCAUAUGGGUUCGUAGAUGCCAGAAACCUAGCUGUAAAGAUCGUCACGACUUACAAACUAUGCUCUGAACAGUUAUCUUCGCAGUUUCAUUACGAUUAUGGAAUGCGAGCCGUCAAGGCCGUCUUAGCAGCUGCCGGAAACCUUAAGCUGAAAUUCCCUGAUCAAAACGAAGAUGUCUUGCUGCUCCGUUCAAUUAUGGAUGUGAACAAACCGAAGUUCUUGUCACACGACAUUCCGCUAUUUGAAGGCAUUAUCUCUGACUUGUUCCCCGGUAUACAGCAGCCUAAAGCUGAUUACAGUACAUUCAUGGGCGUCGCCAACGAAGUGUGCGCAAAAGCAAAUUUGCAAGCAACUGACUUUUUCCAGGAGAAGCUUAUACAGACUUAUGAAAUGAUGAUUGUGAGGCAUGGAUUUAUGUUGGUUGGUGAACCUUUCUCAGCUAAAACUAAAGUAUUGGAAGUUCUUUCUAGCACCUUAACUCUUAUGUGUGAAAGAGGCCUCGAAGAAGAAAAGGUCUGGUACAGAAUUAUCAACCCAAAGUCAAUAACAAUGGGACAGUUGUUUGGGCAGUUUGAUCCAGUUUCGCAUGAAUGGACCGAUGGUGUUUGUGCCAACACCUUCAGAGAGUACGCAUCGGAUCAAACAGAAACGAGGAAAUGGGUUGUUUUUGAUGGGCCUAUCGAUGCCUUGUGGAUUGAAAAUAUGAACACUGUAUUAGACGACAAUAAAAAGCUCUGCUUGAUGAGUGGUGAGAUCAUUCAACUUUCAGGAUCGAUGAGUUUGAUUUUCGAAACAAACGACUUAUCACAAGCAUCGCCCGCUACUGUGAGCAGAUGCGGUAUGAUCUACCUUGAGCCUGCCUCUCUUGGUUGGGAGCCAUUAGUCGAAUCUUGGAUCAACACACUACCCGAUGUAAUCAAAGCUGAACACAAAUACAUCAAUGGUCUUUUCAACUGGGCUGUAACGCCUUGCUUAAGGUUUUUACGAAAAUCUUGUAAGGAAUUUGUGCCGACAUCAGAUAGCAAUCUGGUCACAUCGUGUAUGACUUUGCUUGAAAUUUUGAUGAAAGAUAUACAUGAAAAUGAUCACAAAUACGUCAAAACUUGGCUAGCUUCCUGCUUCCAAUUUGCACUGGUUUGGUCUGUAGGAGCCAGUUGUGAUGGAACAAGCCGUACAAAAUUCGAUCAUUUCAUUAAAGAAUUGUUUUCUGGAAAAGACGAAGAUCACCCGAUUCCAAGCGUUGUUGGCAAAAUAGAACACGCAAUGCCCACUGAACAUACUGUAUAUGAUUUUAUGUUUGAGCGUAAGGGCAGAGGAAGCUGGACACUGUGGACAAAGACUAUUCACGACACGUCCCUGCCAAAGGGGAAGAAAGCAAGCGAAAUAAUUGUGCCUACUAUGGAUACCGCUAGAUAUUCUCAUCUCAUGGAACUAAUGAUUCUGAACAACAGGCCUACUCUAUUUGUUGGACCGACAGGAACUGGAAAAAGUGUUUAUAUCAAGGAGAAACUUAUGAAUGGGUUGCCAGCCGACAAAUACCUUCCCAUGUUUGUCAAUUUCUCAGCGCAGACAAGUGCAAAUCAAACUCAGGAACUCAUAAUGGCGAAGCUGGACAAGCGAAGGAAAGGUGUUUAUGGACCCCCCGUUGGUAAAAAGUAUGUUAUUUUUGUCGAUGACGUAAACAUGCCAGCUAGAGAAAAGUAUGGUGCUCAGCCUCCAAUCGAGUUAAUCCGGCAGUUUUUGGAUCACGGUGCCUGGUAUGACAAGAAAGACACCUCACGGAUUACAUUGUUCGAUCUUCAACUCGUCAGUGCGAUGGGUCCUCCUGGAGGAGGGAGAAAUCCAGUGACGUCACGUUUUCUGCGUCAUUUCAACAUAAUGACAAUUACAAAGUUCAGUGAUGAAACGAUGGUUAAGAUUUUUGGUUCCAUCGUAACCCACUGUUUUAGGGAAAAUGGCUUUCCAAGUGAAUCUUUUAGCAUUGGAAAUCAAAUCGUUGCUGCCACUUUAGAGAUAUACAAAAAGGCAAUUGAGAACCUUUUACCGACCCCACUGAAAUCUCAUUACACUUUUAAUCUUCGUGAUUUUGCUCGUGUAAUCAACGGAGUGCUGUUGAUAAAACCCCAGUCCCUUGAAGAUAAGAAGACACUAAAGCGACUCUGGGUCCAUGAAGUAUACCGUGUGUUUUAUGACCGAUUAGUUGAUGAUGAUGACAGGAAAUGGCUGCACAGCAAUAUCAUAAGUGGUGUGAAAGAGCAUUUCAAAGAUGAUUUUGACAGUCUGUUCAAGCAUUUAGCAACAAACUCGACCAAGCCAACUGAAGAUGACAUGCGCAGUCUCAUGUUUGGUGACUACCUCAACCCGGAUAGCAUGGGAGAGGAUCGACUGUAUCAAGAAGUAACCUCAAUGGAUGAAUUAUACACCAUUGUUGAGCAAUGCCUUGAUGAGUAUAACCAAACGCACAAAACACAGAUGAAUCUUGUCAUAUUCAGAUACGUGCUUGAACAUUUGUCACGAAUCAGCCGUAUACUGAAGCAGUCUGGCGGAAAUGCCUUGUUAGUAGGGAUGGGUGGCAGUGGAAGACAAUCUCUUUGUCGUCUUGCUGCAGCCAUAUCAAAUUUUCAUGUCUUUCAACCUGAAAUCUCAAAGAGUUAUGGGAUGACUGAGUGGAGGGAAGACCUAAAGACUUUGCUCAAGUCGGCCGGUGCUCAAGGAAAGCCAACAGUAUUCUUGUUAACUGACACCCAGAUAAAAGAGGAGUCAUUUCUUGAAGACGUUGAUAGUUUGUUGAAUACCGGUGAAGUCGCUAAUUUGUUUGCUGUUGAUGAGAAGGCUGAAAUCAACGAGGCUGUAAGACCACUUGCUCAAGCCCAUGACAAAAAUGCUGACUUUUCACCAUUGGCAUUGUUCACAUAUUUUGUGAAUCGAUGUAAAGACAACCUACACAUAAUGCUUUGCAUGAGCCCGAUCGGCGAUGCAUUCAGAAACAGACUGAGACAGUUUCCAUCACUUAUCAACUGUUGCACCAUCGACUGGUUCCAGCCAUGGCCUGAAGAUGCUUUGGAAAUGGUUGCAAACAAAUUCUUAGAAAACGUUGAGAUGUCUGACAACGAGAGGAAAAAUGUUGUGCCAAUUUGCAAAAGUUUUCAUACAUCUGCAAUUAAAUACUCACUAAGGUUCCUCGAGGAACUUGGGCGGCACAAUUACGUCACGCCAACCUCGUAUCUUGAGCUGAUCUCUGCAUUCAAGACUUUGCUUAAUCAGAAACAAACAGAGGUGCUAAAGAAUAAAAGGAGAUAUGAAGUUGGAUUAGAAAAGCUUGCUUUUGCUGCCUCUCAGGUUGCUGACAUGCAAGUUGAAUUAGAAGAGCUGCAACCUAAACUAGUCAUUGCUUCAGACGAAAAUAUCAAAAUGAUGGCUGUGAUUGAAAAAGAAUCAACUGUUGCUGAAGCCCAGAGAGAGGUUGUGUAUGCAGACGAGGCGGUGGCAAAUGAACAAAAGAAGGAGGCCCAGUCCUUAAAAGAUGAAUGCGAGGCGGAGCUUGCAGAGGCUAUUCCCGCUCUAGAUGCUGCUUUGGCUGCUCUGGAUACAUUGAAGCCUGCGGAUAUCACCAUCGUUAAAGCUAUGAAGAAUCCACCAUCAGGAGUUAAGCUGGUUAUGGCUGCCGUUUGUGUUAUGAGGGACAUAAAACCUGACAAAAUCAACGACCCUAGUGGAUCAGGACAAAAGAUCCUUGAUUACUGGGGACCUUCAAAGAAGCUUCUUGGUGAUAUGAACUUUUUGAAUAUACUCAGGGAAUAUGACAAAGACAACAUCCCGGUACAUACAAUGAAAAAGAUAAGAACAGAAUUUUCAACAAACCCAGAAUUUGAUCCUACUAAAGUUAGGACUGCCUCUUCAGCUGCAGAGGGUCUUUGCAAAUGGGUUCAAGCCAUGGAAAUUUACGACAGAGUUGCUAAGGUUGUAGCGCCAAAGAAGGCAAAACUAGCAGAAGCUGAAAAAUCUUUAGAAGAAACGGUCAAAAUUUUAAAUGCAAAAAGAGCAGAACUCAAGGAAGUGGAGGACAGGGUAGAAUCUCUUAAGAAUCAAUUUGCGGAAAUGACUGAAAAGAAAAAGCAACUGGAAAUUCAGGUUGAUCUCUGUGCAAAGAAACUGGAGAGAGCCGAGAAGCUGAUCGGAGGCCUUGGCGGCGAGAAAGAACGCUGGUCUCAAGCAGCAGAAUCGCUUCAGCGAUUGUUUUACAAUUUGACGGGAGAUGUUUUGAUUUCCUCCGGUGUUAUUGCAUACCUUGGGGCAUUCACUGCGGGAUUCAGACGGCGAUGUUGUGAGGAGUGGACGAAGAUGUGCACGGAUGUGAAUAUACCUUGUUCCAAUGAGUUUAGUCUCAGCAAGAGCUUAGGAGAACCAAUUAAAAUUCGUGCGUGGAAUAUCGCUGGCCUACCAACGGAUAAUUUCUCAGUUGAUAACGGCGUUAUUGUUGCCAAUUCAAGAAGAUGGCCGUUAAUGAUUGAUCCGCAAGGGCAAGCUAACAAGUGGGUGAAAAACUCUGAAAAAGAUAAUCAAUUAAAUGUGAUAAAAUUAUCCGAUGCAGAUUAUGUGCGCACACUUGAGAACAGUAUUCAGUUUGGAACUCCUGUUCUUCUUGAGAAUGUUGGUGAAGAACUGGACCCAACCUUGGAACCGUUGCUUCUUAAACAAACCUUCAAGCAAGCUGGAGUUAUGUGCAUCCGUCUUGGUGAAAAUGUCAUAGAAUUCGAAGAUUUCAGAUUGUAUAUCACUACAAAACUGCGAAACCCACACUAUCUUCCUGAAAUUGCAACCAAAGUAACCCUAGUAAACUUUAUGAUAACACCAGAAGGUUUAGAAGAUCAACUUCUUGGCAUCGUUGUUGCGAAAGAAAGGCCUGAGUUGGAAGAAGAGAGGCAGGCUUUGAUCGUCCAAAGUGCAUCAAACAAAAAGCAGCUGAAAGAAAUCGAGGACAAGAUUCUGGAAACGCUCUCAUCUUCAGAAGGAAAUAUCUUAGAAGAUGAAUCUGCCAUUAAAAUUUUGGACUCUUCGAAGAUCCUCUCUGAUGAAAUAAACAAGAAACAAAAGAUCGCUGAGGAAACCGAGAAGAAAAUAAACCAGUCUCGUUUAGGGUAUCGACCUAUUGCAGCUCACUCUUCCGUGUUGUUUUUCUCCAUCACUGAUCUUCCUAACAUUGAUCCGAUGUAUCAGUAUUCGCUCACGUGGUUUGUCAAUCUCUUCAUCUCAUCGAUACAUGACAGCAACAAGUCGAAAAUUUUAGAAAGAAGACUGCGAUACCUAACCGAUCAUUUUACAUAUAACCUAUACUGCAAUGUUUGCCGCUCUCUUUUUGAGAAAGACAAGUUGCUGUUCUCUUUGGUUCUCUGCUCCAAUAUUCUCUUACCAAAACAUGAGUUGGACUAUGAAGAGUUCAUAUUCUUUUUAACUGGAGGUGUUGGCCUGGAGAAUAAGAUUCCGAAUCCUGAUUCAAGUUGGUUGUCCGAUAAAUCUUGGGAUGAAAUCUGCAGGAUGUGUGAUCUUCCUGGAUUCAAAGGACUCAGAGAUAGCUUCAUAUCAACCGUGUCGGAUUGGAAAGGUAUUUUUGACAGCAAGGAGCCUCAGAAACAAAUUUUGCCGAGCCCUUGGAACGAAAAAUUGACUGAUUUUCAAAGAAUGACUGUCAUUCGAUGCCUUCGCCCUGAUAAGGUGGUGCCGUUAGUUAAGAAUUUUGUAGAAGAAAAACUUGGGCGUCAUUUCAUCCAGCCACCGCCUUUUGACCUGGCAAAAAGUUAUGCUGAUUCAAACCAAUGUUCUCCUUUGAUUUUCAUUUUGUCUCCCGGUGCAGAUCCCAUGGCUGGCCUAAUGAAAUUUGCUGCUGAUAAAGGUUUUAGUGGCGAUAAAUUCAAUGCAAUCUCGCUUGGCCAAGGACAGGGUCCUAUUGCUGCCAAAAUGAUACAAGACGCUGUUGCCAAUGGAACCUGGGUUGUUCUCCAAAACUGUCACUUAGCUGUGUCAUGGAUGUCCCAACUCGAGAAGAUUUGUGAAGAUCUAACCAUGGAUACAACACAUUCUGACUUCCGUCUCUGGUUAACAAGCUACCCGUCUGAUAAGUUUCCUGUCACAGUCCUUCAAAAUGGCGUCAAAAUGACAAAUGAGCCUCCAACUGGUCUGCGACAGAAUCUCUUGCAGUCUUACUUGUCCGAUCCCAUUUCAGAUGCAACUUUUUUUGCUGGAUGCCAACAGAAAGACCUGGCUUGGGAAAAACUUCUUUUUGGCCUCUGCUUUUUCCACGCCGUCGUGCAGGAACGAACAAAAUUCGGACCAAUGGGCUGGAACAUUCCUUACGGAUUCAAUGAAUCGGACCUCAGGAUCAGUGUCAGACAGUUGCAGAUGUUCAUAAAUGAGUACGAACAGAUCCCAUUUGAUGCUUUGACCUAUUUGACUGGAGAGUGCAACUAUGGUGGCCGAGUGACAGAUGACAAUGACAGGCGCUGCCUGAUGAGCAUACUCGCUGACUUCUAUAACUCAGAUGUUAUAACUGAUCCGAAAUAUAAGUUUUCACCAAGUGGUACUUAUUUUGCACCGCCAAAGGGAACAUACGAAGACUACAUCGAGUUUAUCAAGGAACUGCCAAUGACACAAUAUCCAGAAGUGUUUGGUAUGCACGACAAUGUUGACAUUGCAAAGGAUCUGAGAGAAACGAAACUCCUGUUUGAUUCGGUUUUGUUGACUCAAAGUCAAGGAAGAGGCGGUGGAUCAGGAAAAAAGACUGAAGAAACUUUAUUGGAAAUCGCCAGUGACAUUCUUUCAAAGUUGCCUAAAGACUUUGAUCUUGAAUCUGCAAAAGGGAAGUAUCCGGUUGUAUAUGAAGAAAGUAUGAACACAGUGCUGGUACAAGAAAUGGAAAGAUUUAACAGGCUUUUAGAUGUUAUCCGAUCAAGUCUUAUCAAUCUUCAGAAAGCAAUCAAAGGUUUAGUGGUCAUGUCAUCAAGUUUGGAGCAAGUGUCUGCCAGCCUUAUUGUUGGAAAGGUACCUGAUUUUUGGGCAAAGAGCUCCUAUCCAAGUUUAAAGCCCCUAGGCAGUUACAUAACAGAUUUCCUGGCAAGAAUCAAAUUUCUGCAGGAUUGGUUUGAUCAUGGAAAACCGUCCGUCUUUUGGUUGUCUGGUUUCUAUUUCACGCAGGCUUUUUUGACCGGUGCAAAGCAAAAUUUCGCAAGAAAAUACACGAUCCCAAUAGAUUUACUUGGUUUUGAAUUUGAGGUCUUGCCCCGUGAUACGUCAUCAGAAGCACCAGAUGAUGGAGUUUAUGUCAUUGGGUUGUUCUUAGAAGGCGCUAGAUGGGAUAGAGAAGGUGGCGUGGUUGCUGAGUCUCUGCCGAAGGUACUUCACGAUGCAAUGCCAAUUAUUUGGAUCAAACCAGGAAAAGUUAGCGAGUUCAAGAAAACGCUUUCCUAUUCUUGUCCUGUAUACAAAACAAGUGCCAGAAGAGGGACUCUAUCAACAACUGGUCAUUCGACAAAUUACGUGUUACCUAUAUCACUAGCAACGAACCAACCAGAGAGCCAUUGGGUUAAACGUGGUGUCGCCUUACUUUGCCAGCUUGAUGACUAAUGGCCGUUAAAUGCAGGCUUAAUCAUAGACUGCAUUAUGCCAUACACGAAACGGUGGCAUUUGUUAAUACUCUGUAUUUGUAUGAUAAUGGUUUUAGAGUUGCUAAUUUCAUGACCUGUAUUAUUAAUUAAAUAGCUGUUGUAAAUUAUGCAUAUUAAUGUUGUAUCCUUUGAGGUAUGGUCACUUGCGUGCGAAAUCCUUCCAAGCCAGAAUACCUACCACAGUCGUCCACAGGACACGAAAAUGCUUCAGUCUGCCUUCGUAGUUUGAUUUGCGAGAAUAAAGAAUCCACAAAAUUAGCAUAAUUAAUCUUGCAUCUUACAGUUUUCCAUCUAUUUGCUAAGAAGCACCCCUGCCUUUGUUCUCGUUUCAUUUCUACGAGGAUUGUUACUAUUUCCCAUUCAACUUUCCGAAAGAACUGUAUCCAUCUUGAUUUUGAAUCGGUAUUACCCUCCGAUAAAAAGCUUGUUUAGUGAGAAGUUGUCUAUCUAUUUACUUAAAAGGCUUCUUACUUCAAGAAUUCCGAUGAAAAAGCACAGAAUGACUAGUCUGAAAAGUCAUUCCCCCUUUUUAUGCUAGUUUAAAGUUAUUUUACAAGUGGGGUUUUUUGACAUGCUUCUGUAAAUAUGAUAUACUGAUUUAGGUUAAACUUGUUUUAACGUUUAAGCUUGAUAAUUCUUUAUGACAUGGAAUUUGAUGUAAAUGUUGAUAUAUGGA